AUGACUGAAAAAAAGCAGGCUAAUGAUCGAGCAUGGUCAGCUAAUGAUAACGCUGUCAAGGGCUCUGUUGGAUACACUCCAAAAGAGGAUCCGACAAUUGAUGAUGAGCCACAAGAAGAGCUUGUAAUUGACCGUCCAUGCUGCUCUUACUGCCUUUGUGAUAUUCCAGAAUGCCUUGUCAAGGACAAAGCAAUAGGCAGAUGGUUCUGCAACGGCCGUGGAAAAGCGUUACACUCACAUAUCAUUCAUCACCUUGUUAAAUCACGCCAUAUGGAAAUUGAACUUCCACCGCAGAAUCCAUACUCACAAAUUCCGAUGACAUGCUAUCUUUGCCACUCUACAAACAUUUUCCGUUUGAGUUUUGUUCAAUCUCAGAAAACAGGCAAAUAUUUCGUUCUUUGCCGUGAAUGCUGCAACGAUCCCCAGCUUCACCUCUACUCCCUUGAUCUCGCACAUCGUCAAUUGAUCGUUCAGCAGACUCAAAUGCUUGAAUGGUUGGUCAGACCACCAUCACACGCCGAAUCCAAGGACGGAUUCAGAUUCUGUGAUAUCACUCCAACCGAUAUGGAUCUUCUCGAAGAAACAUGGCCAAAGAAUCCGAACGCAACAAUCCUUGAUUUGCCACAGAUCAGAAAGAGCACAACCAUUCCUAAGACGAAGCCCACAUACAAAGAUAUCCGUGACUACGCGACCACUUACAACACUCUUGUUAAGCUAGAAAUGGAUUAUGAUAAACAAGUCACAGAAUCAAUGAUCUACAGGAAUGUGAAGAUCAAUUUCAAGAGAGAAGGCUAUAACCGCUUUACAGGAACCUUUAGCUUCCCAAUUUCGGAAACAUCUCGACCAAUCAAUAUCGGAGAUACUUUUCUUGUCAAAUGCGGUGCAUACGAAGCCAAAGGCUCUCUUGAGCGUACUCUCGGCGUUGGCGAGAUCGAACUUCUUUUCAUCCGCCAGCCUACUCCACCAGAAGAUGCAAUCUUCACCGUCCAACUUGUUUGGCUCGACACUUCCUUUGUCAGAAUGAUUGGCGCCAUUGCCAAGAUGCCACAAUCCCCACAGACAUCAACCGCCAACAUAAUCAAGGAAGUUAUCAUGGGCCAUUUACCAGAUACGAUUCCAACUCUUCCUGGCGAACCAAAUCGCAGUCCAGUUGUCAAAGGAAUUCCAACACUCAACCUUUCCCAAGUCAACGCUGUUUCAUACGCCCUCAAAUCUCCAUUCUGCAUGAUACAAGGUCCGCCAGGUACAGGCAAGACAACAACAAUUGCCGCUUUAGUUACAAGAUUCCUUCAAGCAAAAGCCGGUCCAGUUCUUGUCUGUGCACCAUCCAAUGCAGCUGUUGAGCGUGUUACAGAAGCAAUUGCAUCUACACAUGCAUCUGUUUGCCGUGUUAUUUCAACAUCGCGUACAGACAUCGAAGCAAUUGAUGACAAAUACGCUCUCCACAACAUGGUUUAUUCACUUGAUUGCGCUGAAUCAAGGAGAUUGAAUGACAUGUUGAUUGAGAGAUCGAACAGAGAUUUCUCUGAAGACGAAGAGAAGAAAUUCAAAGAUCUCCGCAAGAGUUUGGAGAACAGAGUUAUUGAUGCAGCAGAUGUCAUCACAUGCACAUGCAUUACAUCAGCUGAUCCAAGACUUGCAACAAAAGUAUUCCCAACAGUCAUCAUCGAUGAAGCAACGCAAGCUGUAGAACCAGAAAUUUUAAUCCCUAUAAUGCACGGAUCGAAACAAGUCUGUUUGGUCGGUGAUCACAUGCAGCUUGGCCCUGUUGUAACAAAUCCAAAGUGUGUUGAAGCGGGAUUGGGCAAUUCCAUUGUCCAGAGAUUAGUACAGCUUGGAUUGAGACCACAGAGACUUCUCACACAGUAUAGAAUGCAUCCUGUUCUUUCCGAAUUCCCUUCAAACACAUUCUACGAUGGAGAGUUGAUGAACGGAAUUCCUGCAGAGAAGAGAACUCCUCAACAACCAGUCUUCAACUGGCCGAAACCAAGCUUCCCACUCAUGUUCUACAACAACGUGAACAAUGAAGAAGAAAUCUCUAACUCUGGUACUUCAUACAUCAACGCUUUCGAAGCAACAAUUGUUUCCCAGAUUGUUACACAACUCUGCAAAGCAGGUGUUGAUCCACAACAAAUCGGUAUCAUCUCUCCUUACUCCGGCCAAAAGUUCUAUCUCCAGAAUUUCUUGGCUUCAAUGGCUACAUUGCCAAGCUCUUUCUACCAGAGACUCGCAAUCGCAUCAGUCGAUUCCUUCCAGGGUGGUGAGAAAGAUUACAUCAUCAUGUCCUGCGUCAGAUGCAAUCCACACGGAUCAAUCGGUUUCCUCAAGGAUUACAGAAGAUUGAAUGUCGCUUUGACAAGAGCUAAGUACGGAUUGAUCAUCGUUGGAUGCGCAAGAGUUCUCUCAAAGUCAAUCCUCUGGUACAAUUUGCUCAGACACUGCCAGGAACAGCACGUUCUCGUGGAAGGUUCAAUCAUGGAUUUGAAGGAAUCUCCUUGCGUUUUACAAAAACCGUCUGUCAAACAGUCAGAAAUAUUCCCAGGAAUUCCUGUCGGCGAAUUCGGUAAGGAUAUGGUUCCAAACACUGUCGAAAGCAAUUUCGAUAAUGAUGAUAAUGAUGGUGAAGCUUAUUUCAACACUGUUUCUUAA